AUGACAGCUAUAGAUCCUGAAGAGCCGACACCGGAGGAACGAGCAUGUGGGGAAAUCACAAAACUGCGAUAUAUGCAGUUCCGAGAACGAGAAAGCAGCUCGGCUGAACUCGGAUUCCGUAUUGAAGCCGCUAAGAUGCCUGGCGGUACUUUACAAAAGAACUUCAAGAAGAUUCGCACGUACGAGGAU